UUAUAUUCACAUUACUUGGCCACAUCGCUGACGCGGAACUGACUGCCAAACAAAUAAACAAAGAUUAAAGCAUUUUAUUAGUUUUAACAGCUAUUCAACAGAUAAUUGAAAAUGCGCAAAACAUGGGUGAAACGGGAAAAUAUAUAUUACAAGCCAUUCUACAAGGAUAAAUCGAAAAUGUUUUUUCUCUUAAUAUUUUUUGUUGGAAUCUCAUUCAUCGCCUAUCAGGCCUUCUCGCUGAAUCAGUUGCCCAGCGUACAGCAGCUGCGACGGAAACACAAACAAAUGAUGCAGUCUCUGGGUAGCAAACAGCUGGACGUCGACGACUUCGAUGGAGGAGGCGGCUUUGGUCCUGGUAAGGAUGCCGAUCUGGCUGUGCCAGCAACACAAGGUGCCGAUGCUAUUAAGAUUAUACGGGGCAUACGUCUCUUCGACUACGACGCAUACAAGCCCAAUUACAAGGGCAAUUUCAAGUGUCUGGAUGGCAGCAAGGAGAUACCGUUCGACCAUCUCAAUGACAACUAUUGUGACUGUGUUAGUGAUGGCAGCGAUGAGCCUAGCACGAAUGCCUGCUCCAAUGGGCGCUUCUACUGUAAAUACCAAAAAAGACAUAUCACUGGCCGGGGCCUAGACGUCUGGGUUUGGGCCUCCCGAGUGAAUGACCAUGUGUGUGAUUGCUGCGACGGCAGUGACGAGUGGACGACAAAUGCCAACUGCCAAAAUCAUUGUGCGUAGUGUUUUAUUUGUGUUUCGUGUGAUUGGCAUAGCAGGACACCGGAAAACAACAAAUCAAAACAAAACAAAGCGACUCGACAGCUAUCUCAUGCGCAUCUCAAAGAUUUCUCCAUUUAGUAGAUAAAAGUGCAUCACAACUGAUAUUUUUUGUAGAAUAUUUUACGAUAAACGUGUAAUUUAUUUAGAAACAAAAAACAACACAAAAGGUAACCAAGCAUUACAUUUAAGUAGAUCGAAUAAAUAUACUUAAUUCAUAAA